GUACAGAACCUUUGUUCUUUGAAGAAUCAUCAUGACAAAUUGUCAUAUCACGUUCUCCUUCAAAUUCUGCGUCUCUCACUUGCAUGGCUUAGUUGCACUUUGUCUACACAACGCACCAAACAGGUUCUACGCUACACUAAAGAUGACUGAGACCUUAACAGAAGAGGAGCUGAUCGAAGAAAUGAAGGAUUGUUACUCAAUUUUCGAUCGUGUUGGUGACAUGAAGGUGGACUACAACAGAAUUGCUGACGUCUUGCGGUCACUGGGGCUCAAUCCACUAACUGCAGAUGUUAACAAGUGUUUGAAAGACUCUGAGCUUGAAGGGACAAGAGUGGACUUCGAGACCUUCUAUGCCAUCUACAAGCAGCUCUCAAAAGUACCUGCGUCUUCAAGCUACGAUGACCUGGUAGAGGGACUGGGGACGAUGGACCGUGAGCAAUGCGGAGUUGUAAGAUAUGCAGAGCUCAAAUUAAUAUUGAUGAACGUUGGAGACAAGAUGACUGAAGAUGAAUUCGACCUUAUUGUCACUCCCCAUGAGGAUCAAUCCAAAAAUGUUGUCUACAGGGACAUGAUCAGGAAGGUUAUGUCAGCAUAAGAGCGUGUUAUAAAUAAAACGUCUUUGCUAUUGAAACUGUUUUUACACGCGUGGUAGCUUUCUUCAUAUUCGGUAUCACAGAUAUUGUUCAGUAAAUGCGUUGACCUUUCCAAGCAGAAUGUAAGCUGAAAAUGACUUUACAAACUUUUAAAUGAUUCUUUCAACCCAAAAUAUAUAAAAAUUUUUGUAGGGAAAAUAACUACUCGCUAACUGCAUUUUACGCCUUAGAAUAGCUUGAGUGAAAUCGUGAUUGAAAAGUAUUGAAGAAAACUUGCA